AAAACAUUCAUGGCCUACUGGCUGAUGUCAGAAGAUAACUAAUGACACUGCACUUGUUUGUAUUACCUUACGUCUACACCCUGAGAGAAAACUUUAUCAGGGAUGCCAGAUGUGGAAUGUGUUUCUCAUGAUUUCACCCUGAGUGAAGACAUAAUCAGUGAAUAAGGAUGUUAAGAAGAAAGUUUGUCGCUCUUUUCCUGCCCUUGCUGUUUGACUUUUCAUUGGCUCAAAUGGACGAAGAAACAAAAGAGAACCAGGAAGUUUUUAGUAAAGCUGUGACAGAAAUUCCACAUACAUUGAGAUCUGGUGUAACAGAGGUGUUUUUUGUUCAUAGUCAGAUCAAAACAAUCCCCAAAGGAGCAUUCUCUGAAAACCCCCAACUUGUGAAGGUGGAGUUUAUUACCACUAAUACAAUGAGUAUUGAGCUUGGAGCUUUUGAAGGGUUGGUGAACCUGGUGCAUCUCGAGAUCUCCAACACCCUAAUAAAGUCAGUCCCAGUAGGUGUCUUUAAUAACGUUAACAGUCUGGAGACAAUUAUUCUUAAGUCUAACAAGCUCAAAAAACUUGAAAAUGACUUGUUUAAGGGUCUUACAAAUAUGAGAAAUCUUGAGUUACAUGCAAAUGAGAUUGAAUUAAUUGAAGACAAGACAUUUGAUGGUCUUGACAACCUUGAAAAACUCCAUUUAGGUAAAAACAAUCUUACCAGUGUGUCAACUGACUGGUUCUCAAAUCUGAAGAAGCUGAAGAUUCUACGUCUUUAUGAAAAUCAGCUGACUACCAUUCCUGAGGAUCUUUUCAGGAACUUACCAAACUUAGAGGAAAUUAGUUUAUUUGGAAACAAAAUAACUGAAUUGUCACCCAAUCUGUUUCCACAUAAAGAGAAACUAAUGAAGCUUUUUUUGGACAGUAAUCUUCUGCUAACUUUACCUGAAAAAUAUUUUGUUGGCUUCCCCAAGCUUAAAGCACUAAGCUUACAUAACAACAAGCUGACAAGUUUGCCAGCAGAGCUUUUUGGAGAAAUGCCUAAAAUGACUGACUUAAGCCUCCAAAAAAACCAUCUCAGCACUCUUCCUAAAGGAAUAUUCAUGCCCUUGAAGAAGGUCAAGAAGCUAGAUCUCUCUAAAAAUGACUUUGUCACCAUAUCUGCUGAUUAUUUUGAAGGCCCGGAGAAGCUCACUGAGCUGAAUCUGCAGAACAACUUGAUCCACUCGCUGGAUGCAAAUGUGUUUGAAAACCUACAUUCACUGAGCACACUCAAGCUUGCUUCCAACAAAUUCCAGACCCUUCCUGAGGAUAUCUUUGAGCCUUUGGCUAAACUAAAAAAACUUGACCUCAGAAACAACCCCUGGAACUGUGACUGUAAUUUAAUAACACUCCACGUCUGGUUGAAGGCCAACUCACACAAGCUCACAUCUGCUGUAGUCUGUGAGUAUCCAGAACACCUGAAAGGUCAGGAAGUCAUAUCUUUAACAGAGGAUCAGCUUAUUUGCCCCACUUAUCCCCCCACAACCACAGCUUCAACACUCCCCACCACAAUACCCACAACUACCACCAUAUUAAGCACAUCAGCUACCACAACACCAACCACCACAUCCACCACCACACAACUAAUCACCACCAUUCUGACUACAACACUAACAACCACUUUGCUUACUACAGUGCCAACAACUUUACAAAUAACCACCACAAUUCCAACAACAAUUCCACUCACAACUUCUAUGACUACAACCACGAUUACAACUCCCAUUACUACAACAGCAAUUCCACCCACCACCAUAACCACACCCACAACCACAACAACCCUAACAACACUUCCACCAACCACCACCACAACAACAAGCACACCCACCACCACUAUGACAACAACAACAAUUCCACCCACCACCAUAACCACACCCACAACCACAACAACCCUAACAACACUUCCACCAACCACCACAACAACAAGCACACCCACCACCACUAUGACAACAACAACAAUUCCACCCACCACCAUAACCACACCCACAACCACAACAACCCUAACAACACUUCCACCAACCACCACAACAACAAGCACACCCACCACCACUAUGACAACAACAACAAUUCCACCCACCACCAUAACCACAACAACACUUGCACCAACCACCACAACAACAAGCACACCCACCACCACUAUAACAACAACAACAAUUCCACCCACCACCAUAACCACACCCACACCCACAACAACCAUAACAACACUUCCACCAACCACCACAACAACAAGCACACCCACCACCACUAUGACAACAACAACAAUUCCACCCACAACAACAACCAGACCCACAACCACUAUGACCACAACAUCCAUCAUUAUCACAACUACCUUGCCUACCACCAUUCCCACAACUGCACUUGCAACUACUAAACCUUCCACCACAACAAGUACACCCACAACCACAAUGAUCACAACUACACCUACAACUAUGCCCACAACUACCACACUCAAGACAACCCAACCAACAACCACUCAAACUGCAGCACCUCCUACAACUGUUGCAUUAAUGACCUUCAGCUGCCCCUCCCAUCCAGGUGAUUCAGAAGCAGCACCCUCCUACAUGCAGCACCUGACCAGUAGAAAAACUCAGCAGUGCAAACCUCAGAUGAUGAUUUACAUUUCACUGCUAGUGGUGGAGCUCACCUGCACACUGGUGCUUGCUAAGUUCACCUUGUCUCUUUACCGACUGCUGCAGUACAGAGAAACGAUGAACCACAGGAUCAAACUCACCCAUUUCUCCUACAGGAAGGAGGUCACCCUGAGGCCUGUGCAUGAGACAGAGACUCGAGGUCUAUAA